AUGGCGCUCGUCAGAGAGGCGGGUCUGGUCGAAGCGGCCCGGAAGGAGUGCAGCGCCGCAGCGGUUGCCAGUUUCGCCCAGGAGGAGCUGCAGGCGGCCAGGCGGCAGUGCCAGGGCGCGCUGGUGGCUGGGCUCAUGAGGGAUGCGGAUGUGGUCCAUGCGGCCAGGCGGCAGUGUAGCGCCGCUGCGACAACUGGCUUUGCCCAGAAGGAACUGCACGAGGCCAGGCUGCAGUGUCAUGAUGCGCUGGAGGCCAAGCUCGGGGAGGAGGUUGAUAUCGUCCGUGCGGCCAGGCUGCAGUGCAACGCCGCAGCGGCGGCCAGCUUUACCCAAGAGGAGGUGCACGAGGCCAGGCGGCGGUGCGGGGGCGCGCUGCAGGAUGCGCUCGGGCAGGCGGACCUGGUCCGUGCGGCCAGGCUGGAGUGCAGCGCCGCAGCUGCGACCGCCUUCACCCAGGAGGGAGCCCAGCCAGUCGUGGCGCAGGUCCAGCCAGUCUUCGAGUGUUCCGCGGCGCCGCCAGGCCCCGCCCACAGUCAGCAGCAGCGGCAGCAGCCAGUCCUCCAGGCGCACUCCGAGGCCCCGCAGCCUGCGCAGCAGCAGGAGCAGCAGCAGGCCCUACAGCGUGUCCUGCCGCAGCUCACCGUGCCUGGCUCAGAGGCAGAGGUUUCUCCUCCCGCGCUCGGCGUGGGCUCCUCCGAGGACCGACAAGAGCAGCAGCGGCGGCUCCCCGCCAGCUUUUUUCCUGACGGGCUGGACGGCGUGUGGCGUAUAGACGACCAGACGGUGCGCAUCUCCAGCAAUCAGGUCCACUGGGGCGAUGGUGCUGUCUGGCUCUUGGAGAUGGACGAGCAGGGCCGGCUGAUGGUCGUGGUCGGUGGCAGAACGUACUACGCCGAGCCUGCCGCGUCCACCAUCGAGUGGAGCGACGGUGACAUCUGGAGGCGAGAGGAAACGCAGCCUCUCGCCGCCCCCGGGGGUGCCGCCCAGCGACCGCCGAAGACCAGCCAGGCACCGCAGGCAGUGGCACGCGCCCCGGCGGCAGAGGCUGCCCCGCUGCUGCCCGAGGCAGCCGAGCCGCCUCCGGGGCGCACCGGCGAGGCGCGCGGCGAGGCGCGCGGCGAGGCGCGCGUGCCCCCGGAGCGGGCGCAGGGCGCGCCGGGUGCGGCGGAGGUGGCGUACGUCUACGUGUGCGGCUUCCGCCGGGGGGACUUGGUGGAGGUGUGGAGCAAGUCGAAGGGCAGGUGGCUGCGGGGCAUCGUCAGGGCGGUAUUCCCCGAGGAUACCGUCGCCGACGGCUACGAGAUGCCGAAGAACACGAUCAAGGUGGAGUCUUCGGCCGGCACCAAGUACGUGAUCGAGGAGGAGAUACCCACAACGGUGCGCCAGAGGCCGGCGGAGCCGCAGGUGGCCCCCGCGGCGGAGCGGCAGGCUCCGCCCGAGCAGCAGGCCGCGCCCGACUCGCCGAGGUCGCCGCGGCAGCAGGCGGUGCCAGUGGAGGCCGAGCCCGAGUUCUACACGCUGCCCAGGUCUCGGCCGACGUCGGCGUCCAGGCCUCGGCCGACCUCGGCGAGCAGGGCAGCGAGGAGAGGAUCCUCGGCGGACGGCCGUGGAUGCGGGCCGUGGGCCUCCGCCGGCAUGGCGGCGCUGGCCGCGCGCAGCGCGGAGGCCGGCGGUGCUUCCUGCCCGAAGGUCGAGAGGCUCGCCGCGGGAGGCGAGGCCUCGUACCCUGGCGGUGGCGAACAGGAAGAGGUGGCACGCGUGGCGCAGCAGGACGGCUGCUUGCAUUGGGAGGUUUUGUUGGAGAAGCAGGCCGUCGAGGAUAAAUUCGGCUUCGUGCAGGCCAACGGCAGGAUGGACUUCGAGUCGCGGAUGAUGUCGACGUCGCAGAGCUCGCCACAGAAUGCCAGGUUGCUCUCGAGGCAGUCGCCGACGUCCGCUCCAGAGGUCCUCGUCGUUCGAAAGGUGCACGAUCACGGCCUCCUGAAGCUCUGGAACUUGAGGCACGUCAGGGCGGAGGUGAAGCCGCAGGACCGCAUCGUCAGCGUCAACGGCGAGGUGACGGUGGAGGGCAUGCAGCGGGAGAUCCGCUCUCGGCGGGUGCUCAUGAACGUCGUGAGGUACCCCGAGUUCUUCGAGGUUCGUCUGAGCAAGGAGGGUGGCAAGAGGCUGGGCUUCCGCUUCGAGAGGCCCCAGUGCCCCACUUCCGAGGGUGUGCGCAUCACCGAGGUCCUGGCGGAUGGCGCGCUGCCGGAUCACAACACUGGCCAGUUGAUCCUCGGUCGGUGUCACUACGUCGUGCUGCCAGACAUGCGCAUCGAGUCCGUGAACGGAAUCUCGGGCGACAGCGUCGAGAUCGUGGCGGAGCUCAAGAGGGCGGACGCGGUGCGCCUCGUGAUCCGCCGCGCGGAGCAGGAGGCGGUGAUGAGGCACCACAUGAGGCAGCGCGUGACCGAGAUGGCCACGACAGCCGGCACUGGAUCUUCUUCAAGGCAUAGUCCGAACGGCGUCAGCCAGAGGGGUUGA